AUGGGUAGAGAAAGCAAGUCAUUGGUGCUUUUGAUCUGGGCGUUCAACAUCCCAGUCGACCCCGAACCCAUCCUGGUUAUGACUGGACAUCUGGUCCCCAAAUCAGAGCCAUCAGACCGUGUGGGUAUGGGUGCUCGAGGCGGUGGGAAACGCCACAUUUCCGACUCCAUUUCGUUCAUGAGAAAGAGACUCUGCCUUUUCGUUGCUUCAACUCGUAAUCAAUCUCAUCGCCUCCGCGACGAACCCCCGGUGAUUUUGCUCCGCGAGAUAAUGUCCCGGAUUCCGGACCACGCCUACAUUGACGUCUUCGUAGAACUCCCUCGUCAUGGCAUCCGCCUCUUCUCUGCUCAGGAAGCUCUUCUCACCGAUCAACAUCAUGCUUCUGGUCCUGAGGUUCCCCAUCUCCGCCCUCCACCGACGACUAUGCUCGAGCCUGGGGUGCGCGACCAUCACCCCGAUGCCAUGCCCUACGGCGUGGACCUUAUCCUCGAUACCGAUAUGGUUCGUUACGAGGCCGUGCAGAUCUCGCGCGAGAGAUUUUUUUGUGCAGGGCUCCUGCUGGUGGACGUUGCCGACGGGCUUGCUGGUGUAACCGUGGCCAGGCUUGUCCGGUGCGGUAACGCGGUGGUCCGGCUUCAGCGAACGGUUCCAUCACAUGUCUAA